AUGAGAAGUAAUAGGGCAUGUGAUGUGUUAUGGAGAAGUCGUCAUAUGGCGUUGGCAUUAUUUGUCGAUGGUAAUGGUGAGCUGUCUGGUAUUGAGAAUUGUGUUAUUCGACGUAUGCAUGUGCAAUUUGGAACACAUGAGCAAUUUGAGCAUCAUCAAACGAAGACGGUGGAAGUGAUAGUUGCAUGCCGCAAAGAUAACCGGGGUAAUCGACUCAAGGAGUUUAUGUGCCAGUCAUCUGAUGAAUCUAAAGUCAAUGAGGAAAUAAAUUGCUGGGAUUGGUUCCGAGAUCCAACAAAAAUACAGCUCGCAUCCAAAUCCACCAUGAACUACUGCGCCGGUCCGGAAACGCUACAAGAGUUUACUGUUUAUGCCACACAACAAAUUAUUAACAAUCUACCAGACCAUCUUCGUCAACGAAUAGAUAAACAUCAACUGGCAAUCAACAUAGCCGGUCAUCACCCGAUCCACCCGCCCCACGACUUGACAGAAAAUAUGAACACCGAAAACCCCAAAACCCAGUACUUCGAGUUCACGGACUACGGACCAGCUCGCGAGACAGAAUUCUGGAGUCAAAUCAAAACAGUCCAACCAGUUGUCAAACCCGUUGUACAACAACCCAAAUCACAGCUCAUUCCGGACAUCAACUCAAAUCAAUUAUUACGGGGCUCUUCUGGAUUGAAAACCCUUUCCACUCCCCUUCGACUACGAUCAUUCGCCCCACCGGCUGCAAAUGCUUUAUCCAGAAUCCACUUUGUCCGAAAGACUCCGAAAGAGGUUGACGACUCUGAAAGAGGUUGA